CUUCAAAAUAUUCUUGUCUCGCUGUUUUAUGAUAUGACAACGCUGCGGUUAAGGUGUGGUUUAGGCACAAAAAUCACUUACUUGAGGUUAGAGAGCGGUUGUGAUUUGGGUUAAACGAUCCCUUGAAACGUGGUGUGAGUUAAAAUUACUACUUCCUUACAAAUCUCGCGAGAGUUUCACAACACGACCGGUUUACACGUGUUUACCUGACACAGACAAGCCACAUUUUGCACAAUUGCUUUAAAUUUGGGUUUGUUGAUCGUAAAGCGGAAUAAAAACAAGCAAAAUGCCGAAAGUCAGGGCGGAGAAGAAAACCAGGCAGCACUCAGAAGUAAAAAACCAAGGGAUCAUGUUCAACACUGGAAUCGGCCAACACAUCCUGAAAAAUCCUCUGGUCGUCAAUGGCAUCAUCGAGAAGGCUGCUCUGAGGCCAACAGAUGUGGUUCUGGAGGUGGGACCUGGUACUGGUAACAUGACGGUUAAACUGCUUGAAAAGGCCAAAAAGGUGGUGGCCUGUGAGUUGGACUGCAGAUUGGUGGCUGAACUUCAGAAAAGAGUACAGUGCACACCCUUGCAGACCAAACUUCAGAUAUUAGUCGGAGACGUAUUAAAAACAGAUCUGCCUUUCUUUGACGUCUGUGUGGCUAAUUUACCUUACCAGAUUUCGUCGCCUUUUGUCUUCAAACUUCUGCUGCAUCGACCGUUCUUCAGAUGUGCCGUGUUGAUGUUCCAGAGAGAGUUUGCCAUGCGACUGGUUGCCAAACCUGGAGACAAGCUGUACUGCAGACUGUCCAUCAACACACAACUACUGGCUCGUGUAGAUCACCUCAUGAAAGUAGGAAAGAAUAAUUUCCGUCCUCCUCCUAAAGUGGAGUCAAGUGUUGUCAGGAUAGAGCCGAAAAAUCCUCCUCCACCCGUUAACUUCCAGGAGUGGGACGGUCUGGUCAGAAUAGCCUUUGUAAGGAAAAACAAAACCCUCAAUGCAGCUUUCAAGUCCACUGCGGUCGAGCAGCUGCUGGAAAAGAACUACAGAAUUCACUGCUCUGUGCACAACGUGGACGUCCCGGCAGACUUCAGCAUCUCCAAGAAGAUUGAGAGUGUUUUGCAGGAGGCUGAUUUCAGUGAAAAGAGAGCCAGGUCCAUGGACAUUGAUGACUUCAUGGUACUGCUCCACGCAUUCAACUCUGCAGGGAUCCACUUUUCUUAAAUGGUAAAUGGAUCUGAAGACAGCAGCUUUAUGACACAUGAUGCCUUCAUGAUGUGAGGGCAGUCCUCAGUGGUCAGAUGAGAUUUCUGACUGACUUUUUUCUCUUCCUCCUUGAGGUUUGCUUUGAGAGACUGAAUUUCAAAUGUUGCAAUGCUUUGAAAUGUACAAAAACUAAUAGAGCAUACAUUUAAAGAACUCAUAUUGAGAUUCUUAACUGUGCCGUUUUACCUUUAUGAGUAUAGACUGACUGUCACUGGGAAUACAAGGACAACUUCGUGGCAGGGACUGUCGGUGUUUGUGAGAACUUUUCAUUCACAGAAAAUAAUAUGUGAUGCAUGAUUUUUCUAAUCUGAACGCAAUCACCUGCAACUUUUCUAAACAACUUCAAAAUCACUUCCUCCUGGAAAAAGUAAAUAUUUAACAAGUGUAAUGUUUUAGGUGUUUUCAGACUUCUAAAAUAAAUUCAGAUUGUCAACCA